AGCCACUCAAAAGAUGGCGCUGAAUUACAUCAGUAGAUUACUUCUGUCUUUCACCGCUGUACACGGUGGAGUUCUCGGCAGCUUUAGAAUACCGAGGCAAGCCCCGGGAAGUAUUUUUACUGUAGGCAAUGGAGAACAAUGUUUGGGCUCCGAUAGAUCGACCGGCGGCGUCUGUCUGUCUAGAAAUCAGUGCAACACUCAGGGAGGCAAAGCAAUUGGUUUUUGCGGCGUUUUUGCUACUUGUUGCUCGUUGAACGCGUGUGAUAUAAGAACGAACACAAAAGUUGCAAUAUUUAUCAACCCACCGCUAAACAGGGAGUCAUCGGGCUUAGAAUGUUCUUACAACGUUGAAAUUAACAACAACAAUGUGUGCCAGAUGAGAAUCGAUUUCGAAACUUUCAACCUCGCGCCACCUACUACGGUUGACCCAGUAGAAAACGUGACCCAAAGACCCGGGUACACUUGCAGGAAUGAUAUCUUCCAAGUGACCAAUCUCCAGGCCAAUUCUGACUUCCUGCCCCCUCUGUGCGGUGAUAACAAUGGACAACAUUUAUACGUUCGAGUUAACGCAUCAACGAACAGCCGUUCAAUCCGCAUUAAUUUCAAGAUUGCGGAUCGAAACACACAGCCCAAUCUACCCCAGGCCACAUGGAAGAUCAAGGUCACCCAGUUGGAGUGCUUCAACACUUUGGGUAAAUACCGUGAUGGCAUCUUCGAAGCUAUCACUUCUUCGCUGCCGUCUACGCCCCUCACCUCAUCGGCUGACAGGGAUGAGUACUUGAUUGGUAUGUUUUUUGUUCCGAACAGAGAAUAAUAACUUUUUAUAGCUCUAUUUAGUUGUUAUUAACGU